GCAGCAGGAGGGGUCUGAAAUGGAAGGUAUGAGUAAGGGGUGCAGGUUUCUCUUGCUCUUGCCCAACCUGGUUAUGUGAGGUGAAAACAAUCCUCUCUCCCGUUGGCUCCACCAGCUUCGCCUCUCUUCCUCAUCCCGAGCUCUUCCUGUUGUCUCGUCCCGGCGGAGACAUGGACACAUCGUCAGGAUAGUGGGGGAGCACGGCUGAAACGGUGAACUUCAAAUUAAAGACUUCACACUCACAUCCCAGAGGAUAAAAAGGCGUACAAACCACCUGCCACAUCAGAGGAGGGUUUAGAGGAAGGACUGAAUCCCUGCGUGGAUUACUGAGAUGAACAUGGCCUUUUUAUCUGUGGAGCACAAAUCCCUUCUCUCGCUCCUCCUCCUCCUCUAUCUCACCUGUCUGAGCCAGUCGACCAACAGCAGCUCAACCGGUCCCUCGAUCAACACCACAACCUCUACUUCCUCAAACGCCACCCUCCUGAAGGGCGUGCCGGGCUGCGGCAAAGGGCUGCACCCCAUCUACAGGUACCUGUGUGACCGCCGGGCAGCAUGGGGGAUCGUGCUGGAGACCCUGGCCUCCGCGGGCUUCCUCUUCAGCAUGGGCCUCCUGCUUGGCCUGCUGCUCUGGUCCCUCUGCCUCUGCGUCUCAUCUAAAACUAGGCGCAGCAGCAUCGGAGGCACAGUGGCCUGCAUGUCCAUGUUCUUGUUCGCCACGGCCGGGAUCUUCGGCCUGACCUUCGCCUUCAUCAUCCGUCUCACGGCUCAGACCUGCCCCACCAGGAUCUUCCUCUUCAGCGUGCUCUUCGCUCUGGCGUUCUCCUGCCUGCUGGCUCGCUGUCUCGCCCUGCUGGGCUUCGCGGCGACCCGGGGCUGGGGGGAGCCCGCCGUGGCCCUGGGGCUCUUCACCGUGCAGGUCAUCAUCUCCACGCAGUGGCUGAUCCUCGUGUUGGUGCGGGACAAGAGGCCGUGCGAGUACAGCCAGGAGGAGUUUGUCAUGCUGCAGAUCUACGUGCUGUGCCUCCUGGCCAUCAGCAUCAUCCUCUCCAUGCACUUCCUGUGCCGCUCCUGCUCCACGUACAGCUACAGCUACACCGGACCCACGAACCAGCAGGGGAGACAACAGGCCGCCAUGGUCGUCCUCACCCUGCUGCUGUCCGCCUGCGUCUGGGUGGUGUGGAUCACUAUGCUCACCAGAGGAAACCCUAAGUUGGGCCGCCGGCCUCAAUGGGACGACCCACUGCUGAGCAUCGUGCUGGUGGCCAACGGUUGGGUGUUGCUGAUGGGACACGGGUUGUCCCAGGUUUCCUUCCUCUGCAGGGGCGAGGCAAACUCCAAGGACGUCCCUCUGAGCUUCGCCGGCUGGACCAGCCAGAGCGCCGACAUCCCAGGGCUGAGGAGUCCGAAGGAGGGAAGAGAAAACGGAAGCUUUGAGACGGAAGCAGAGAACAGGAGAGGCAGGAGAACCGACCCGUCGCUGCGCUCCCCCUACGAGUCUGGAUUCUCCAUGACAGAUAUCGACCCCGACAAAGAUUACACAAUCCCUCGCCCCGAGACCAACUGCAGCGAACCCUUCGACGAAUAUUACCAAGAUUAAACGACUCGGCACAAACGUUUUCUCGUGCGAAUGUAGAUAUUUCUGAGUCGUGUCAUUAGAAAUGUUAUUUCAAACUCGGCAGCGCGUGAUUCAUCCCAGUUUCUUCACCGAGGGUCAGAUGGGGUCAGAUUGUCUCAGAUUGUUACUGGCGGGAAAUCCACAUCACAGAAACUUAGCAGAAGUGAGUCUUUAUGAUGUGAGCCCGUCUG